GAAAACAAAAUCUCAUCUGGCCACACUGUUUUUUAUUGUCACGAUUCGCGAGUCGAAAAAAUAUAUAUAAUUAGAUUCCGCAAAGAACAACAAACUGCCCAUCGUUGGGUUCGGAAAGUGACAGUGCUUGUGUAGUUAUAGUAGUUUAGAGCUUAAGCAAUCGGUGCUGCGCAAGCCAACUUGGAAACGGGAACUGCGCGUCUCUAAAAAGGAUGUGACAAACGAAAAACAACAAAGUGAAAAAAAACAGGAUUAUUUAUGCAAUAAGAGGACCACGCGAAGUGAAGCCACAUCAUCUGGGACACACAGUUUUCUGGACUUUUAUUUUUGUUUGCGCAAAGUAUUAGCUUACGCUUAGCACAACUUAGCCGGGUCAAAGUUUGCACUCAUAAUCAGAAAAUCUUCUAAUAAUCGUUUGCCCAAAUGGAUUCUUUUUGAUUUAAUAUAGAAUGCUACCCAGCCUGGAUACCUUAAUGCGUUGCUCGAAGCGAGUUCUGCAAUCGCCGCUGGAGGCGGCAGUGGCCAGCCAGAUGCGGAAUGGUCACAGCAAGGCGGCCGCCGGGGGCAUCUAUGGCCCCUUCACGCCGGACAACGAUCUCAGCUGCUCCGGACGCGGCGAUUGUGUCAACAACACCUGCGUCUGUGACAUUCGCUAUGCGGGCAACGAGUGCGACAUUUUCAACUUACCCUACUACGCCGGCAUCUCCACCGUUUUCUAUGUGGUGGCUCUGGUCUCGGUCAUCCAGCUGCUCAUCUGCAUCGUGGCCGAGUAUCAGAGGCUCAAGCAGCCCUCAAUCCUACGCGCCUGUCGCAUCACCACCCAGAAGCUGCUCUACUUCAUGGUCUUUGUGGCAGCCUCACUGCGUGGAGCCUACUUCACCACUCCAUUGGAUCUGCAGCCACAAUGGGCCGUUACCCUGAUGUCCGCCUACUACCCAUUGCUCAUGACCUGCGCCUCCCUGAUUGUCUGCAUGUGGGCCGAGAUCUUUCACCUGCGCGACAUUCGCUGGGAGAAGUCGCAGUUCCUCUCGAAGAGCUUCCUCGGCUUCGUGGCCUUCAACUUCUUCCUGUACAGCCUGUUUGGCAUCGAGGUCUUUAACUCGUUGAUUAACGCGGAACGACGCGACUACGCCCACAUCUUCAACGGAUGCUAUGCAGUAUUACUCCUCAUCGUGGUGGUCUUCUUCCUCAUCUACGGCGUGGAGGUGUUCUUUAAGCUGCGCGGCGGCUUCGUUUAUGAUCAAACGGGCAAGAUCCUGGGCCCCAGCGAGGCGAUCGUAAAUGCCUCGCAGUUGCAUCAGUCGCGUUUCGGGCUGCUGAGUCAGGCCGUGAUGCUAAUUGUGAUUGUGGGCUUUCUCACCUCUGAAACUUUGGGCGAUUUCUGGAAGGCCAAAGUUCCUGUUAAUUCGCGGAACUGGCAUGACAUUAUUUUCCGCAUCGCCGAGAUCGGAGUGGCUCUGUGGUUUCCCUGCUGCCUGUGGAAUUCAAUGGCUCCUGAACAAUUAUGGAUCCUAAAUCCCCGGAAGUUGCUAUCGCGCCAAAUUGAUCCAUCGAUACCCACGCUCAAUGCGGAUACCAACAAGUUGUCGCCCGAGGAGGGUCAAUCGUUCUUGAACAAGAAGGAUUGCUGGAUUUGCUAUGACACCGAUAAGCCCGAGCCACUGAUCCAGCCCUGCCGGUGCACCGGCGACGUGAGCUCAGUGCAUCACGAGUGCCUCAAGCGUUGGCUGGUGGAGAGUUGCAGCAAUUCGGAGGCUCAGCUGUCGUGCAAGGUCUGCGGGCAUCCCUACGAGAUCGAGAAGUCCAAGAAACUCGAAUGGGACAAGGGCUUCACCAUUCAGCAUUGGUCCAAAACUGUUAUAUUGAUCACCCUGAUGUGCGUGACCGGUGCCACUGCCUGGGUUGUCAUCCAGAUGUACGUGGAUCCAUUGGUGCGCGUCAUGACCGUUGGCAUCGCCGUUCUCAUUGGCUACGUGUGCGUCAAGUGCCUGGGCGAGAAUACAGUGGUGGCCUAUCAGCGUGCCAAAGUCAGUUCGAUCAAUAUAGUGACCAGCUCGGAGAUGGAGAAGCUGCACACCAUUUGCGAGGAGGUUAGCAGUGCCAGCACCUCAACAGCUGCUGCGGCUAGGACGGGAGCACAGGCCUCCUAAAAUGAUCGAUCCACUCACACACACACAUCAGCUGAACUUACAGACAUUAAAAAUCUAUUUACUUACCUUAGUUUAGAAUGCGUUUAGCACACAUUUUGCUCAAUGCUCAAUUAUUAGUUUAUGGGGAUGGAUGCUCCCCCUCAAAACCUCAACCGUGUAUAUAGGUUUUAGCUAACACGUUAGCGUUUCGAUUAGCGAGUCAAUUUCGUCUCUCAAAUUAUCAUUAUGCGGAUUUCCAAAAGCGAAAUGUAUUAAAAGAAGCCAAAUAUUAUAUAUGUAGUGUAAGAGGUGUAGGUCAGUAGUAGAGAACCGAGAAUUUCUUGAGAUUAUGAUGAGUAUAUGAACGAGUUGCCAAGUAGCCCGAUGAGCUGAUUAGCUGAAAAGAUGCGCCAGUAAGUCAGCCCAUAAUGCUGACCUUUAGUUUUUACUUUUUUUUUGUUUACUUCCUAAUUUAAAAAAUCAUUUUUCAAUUUCAUCCAUUUCAUAUUCGGUUUCAUCCUUGGAACAAGUACUUGGCGAAUAUUAAAAUAAGCGAAUUACAUACUUUUUUUACCUUGUAUUCGAUUGGUAUAAGUUUCGUAUUAAAUCCUAAGUUAACCAUUUAAGAAGCUAAUUUAUAUAUAGAUACAUACACCUACAUAUAUGUUGCGCCCAUAUAUACAUAUACAUAUAUAUAUGCAAUUUAUUGUAGUUGCUACACACACACACGAUUUGUCGAAAGCAAAGUAAAACCUACACACAGUCCUUAAGAGAAGAGAAAAGCAAAAUCCAACAUAUAUAAUUUAAGGUACCAUACAAUUUUUGUGAUAAAAAAAAAACAAACAAACAAACAAUUAAAGAAUAAUAAAAAAUUUAUAAAACUUA